AUGGAGUGGAAUCGAAACGGGUGUCUAGUGGUGUUGUUCUGCGUGACUUGCUUCUCGGUGCUGAUGUGCCUUGUGUUGGCUGACAUUUUCAAAAACCUGGAGAAUGAUGACAGUGAACUCAGUACGGUCGCACCAAUUCAAACGACCACUGAAAUCAAUCAAUCGUUGUUCGUUCGAGCGAAUGACGAUACGAUAAAGUGCCGACUUGUGUCAGGAUGCCAGAUUGAGUGCACAGAAAUAAGUGUAAUCAAUUUAUCGGCCGAAGUGUAUGAGCUGGCCAAGGCAAACGAUUGUAUGAUUUUGAGCCUGGAGGUGGUUUCGUUGCGCACUCCAGAGGAUAUUCUGCGUCGCAACUGGUUGCAGUUGGAUGUGGACUUUGAGGUGACCUCGUUGAAGCUCAUCAACUCGUACAUUCAUACGAUCGAACCAGAAUCGUUCGAUAUGGGUUGGGCGUUCGGAAUGACCGUGCUAACUCUCCAAACACUCAACAUCGAGCAUCUACCGACCGGUGUGUUCUUCGGGUUGCAAAGCUUACAGGAAUUGAACUUACGUGGCCUACCACUCCGCCAGAUCGAUCCGUACGUACUAGGGCCAAUGAAGUACUCGUUGACACGGCUCGUCGUACAAGGUUGUCUCGAGCUGUUGGAUCCCAAAAAUCUCACCGGAACCGCUACACUCGAUAAGCUGGAGAUACUGGCCCUAGAGUUCAACAUAUUCGAUGAUGUACUGCAGGAGAAAACGUUCGCGAAUCUGCCCGCCCUAACGAGCCUGUAUAUGCGCAGUUCAGACAUUACCUCUCUAACCAGUGGAGUGUUUCGGAACAUUUGUAGUACCGUGAAACAGAUCCAUCUAACAGGCAACAAGUUAAGGGACCUUCCGGAAGGUACACUGGACUGUUUGAAAGGGAAGGACGUCAAGGUGUACCUCGAGGACAAUCCCUGGCAGUGUGACUGUAGUCAGCCGUAUCUGCAAAAUUUGCUAGCAAGCGAAAGCAUAGCUACCGACACACCACUAUGCGAGACUCCAGUCGAGUUCAAUGGGAUACCUAUGGCUGAAGUGGCACCGUGUGGUGGAACACCAUCUGUUGCACCGACAACGUUAUCUGAUGAUUUAUCAGAAACAACAACCAUAACGUCAGAGCCGUCGACAGAGGCCCCCACAAUUACUGACGCAUUUACCACAACCGACCCGGUGACGGAAGAGCAAACGACGGAGUCCGAGACGCCAGCUUCUGACACGACGACUGAUACCACUAUGUCAUCCACCGAGGAGUUAACGUCUGAGUCAACAGAAGAGGAAACGACCGGUUUUUCCCAAUCCGAAAUUGUCAGCGAGUCGACAACCAUUGAUCCUUCAACGGAUACUGUGUCUCCGGAGACGACCACUACGGAGAUGACUUCAUUAUCGAUGUCACUCUCUGGUGAUGAUACCACAGCUGAUUCUAGCGAGACAACGACUACACAGCCAUCUGACGGAACGACAGCAACAACAGAACCAACAUCUACUUCUAGCACGCUCGUCACGGAUCCAACGGAAACGUCGUCCAUUGCAACUACCAAGAAUCCGUACUUCGUAGAGGUCAAAUGUGAUAGUCCUGCCGAUCCGGCCAGCACGGAGCUAUCAAGAAUGGCACUCAUUAGCGAUGCACUCUCACUGCAGAUCGCUAGUCGCUCGAAAAUGUUUAGCAUCUCCGAAGCUCAGGAAGGAGCGGUGGAGAUCAUCUUCGAUAAGGUAACGUACGGUGCGAUCCUUUGGUUUCACGACACCUCUACGCUAGCGACCGUGUUCUCGACCAACAUCGAAGGUAGUGCGCACUGUCAGACGCACGGUAGUCAGAAGGUGCGCCUCGCCAACCUGGUACCGGAUAAGAACUACAUUUUCUGUGCGUUUAGUAUGCACGAGUUUAUGGUGUCACCGUUCAACUGUCUACCGUACCGAUUGCAACCGGUCUAUGGUCAGCGACCGUGGUUAGUCGAGGAUCAGAAGAUCAUGAUUAUUAGCAUCAUCAUUUCCUCUAUUUUGGUCGCAUUGCUCACUGGCGUUCUGGUCACUUAUUGUUUCUUCAAAAGCUUAAACCUCUACAAUUCGCACCAUUCCAAAAACUCGGUACUACACGCCGAGAACAACACCGUGAAUACCGUAAAGAACACCUACAUGACCCCGGUAUCGCCGAAGAAACCUCCAACACCUGAAAGGCCGAACAUCCAGCGCAGCGUGUCCGACACGAGCAUCGAGAGUGGCCGCAGCUACGUGUCGGCCGUCGUACCCGCGACCCAGUUCCAAUACAUAUCCUGGAAGAUGGAGAACCGGUCGAGACCGUCGCUCGAGUUCUAUCCAACCGAUCCACCACCACCGCCCCUACCGCCACACCCGAGCAAGCGGCUAAAGAAGCAAAAGUCCGAGAUCAAAAUCAACUUCCAUCAGCAACACGAAAUCUACAACGAGCCGGGUGGCGUUGGUGGCGGUAGCGGUCCAGGAGGACCCAGCUAUGGUAGACGCUCGGCCACACUGCACCAGUCACUGCGCAGCAACCGCCACCGAGCAUCAGCUACGCUGGCCGAGUAA